GAGAGAGAGAGAGAGAGAUUAACUAACAGGGAGUAGGAAGCAGGCGCAGAAGCAAAACCCUGUAUCCACCACUCGCAGACGGACGGAGUCAGCUGCUAGCUUCCUUAGCUCUUUAGAUAGUUAGCACUUAGCUCCAGAGUCAGAACACCUUUAUAACACAGGAGCAAGAGAGUGAGUGAGAGAGGCAGCGUGAGCGCGUGUAUGUGUGUGCGUCGACGUGUGCGCCCGCUACACAAGUGACUUCUUUCCUUCUGUUUGCGUGUGCAAGAGUGAGUGUGUGCGCGCGAACGAGUGCGUGUGCGCGCACGAGUGCGUGUACCCACAUAAACCAAGCUCUGUCCCUUUUCCUCCUCUAAGCAGGAGCAGCCAGUCUCUGCCUCUCUGUGUGUCUGCGUGUUUAGGGUUAGCAAGGAAAGUAGCAAACGUACACACACCCACACAGAUAAACUGUAAGAGUCGACUGUAACGCUCGGUGUCCGGUUACUGACAGCAGAAGUCCCAUCAUUUACUGAUACGGACACGCCAGCAGCAUGAUGUUGAAGUACGCUGCAGUGCGAGGUGGCCUCAGCCUAUUGGCUGUGAGGCGUGCCUGUCUUCUUUCCCGCUCUGUCCACUCUGCCCCUCAGAGUGAGUACCGGCCAAUCAAGAAGGUCAUGGUGGCCAACAGAGGUGAAAUUGCUAUCCGCGUGUUCAGAGCCUGCACUGAGCUGGGGAUUCGAACUGUAGCCGUGUACUCUGAGCAGGACACCGGACAGAUGCACAGGCAGAAAGCUGAUGAGGCUUAUCUGAUUGGAAAAGGCCUCCCACCUGUUGCUGCAUACCUACAUAUACCUGACAUCAUUAAAGUGGCCAAGGACAACAACGUGGACGCCAUCCACCCAGGCUACGGUUUCCUCUCUGAGCGGGCAGAUUUUGCCCAGGCCUGCAUUGAUGCAGGAGUGAGGUUUGUGGGGCCAACCCCAGAGACGGUCCGCAAGAUGGGAGACAAAGUAGAGGCUCGUAUGUUGGCCAUCAAAGCAGGUGUACCCGUGGUCCCUGGUACCGAGUCUCCAAUUUCCAGCAUGCGUGAGGCGCAGGUGUUCGCUGAAACAUACGGUUUCCCCAUCAUCUUCAAAGCUGCGUAUGGAGGUGGCGGUCGUGGCAUGAGAGUGGUCAGAGAGUACGAGGAACUGGAGGAGAAUUACCAGCGGGCCUACUCUGAGGCUCUGACGGCUUUUGGGAAUGGAGCCCUGUUUGUUGAGAAGUUCAUUGAAAAGCCCAGACACAUUGAAGUACAGAUCCUGGGUGAUAAAUAUGGUAAUGUCAUCCACCUGUAUGAAAGAGACUGCUCCAUUCAGCGCCGGCACCAAAAGGUUGUGGAGAUUGCACCGGCCAUCCAACUGGAUCCUCAGCUCAGAGACAGACUCCAUGCUGAUGCUGUCAAUCUGGCCAGACAGGUGGGAUACGAGAAUGCGGGAACCGUGGAGUUCCUGGUGGACAAACACGGCAAACACUUCUUCAUUGAAGUCAAUUCCAGACUCCAGGUUGAACACACAGUCACCGAAGAAGUCACUGAUGUGGACCUGGUGCACGCCCAGCUACGUGUGUGUGAAGGUCGCAGCCUGCAGGAGCUGGGCCUGAAGCAGGACAAAAUCAGAGUGAACGGCUGUGCAAUCCAGUGCCGAGUGACAACUGAAGACCCAGCCAGAGGCUUCCAGCCAGACACCGGCAGGAUUGAGGUUUUCCGAAGCGGUGAAGGCAUGGGCAUCCGUCUGGAUAGCGCCUCAGCUUUCCAGGGUGCUGUCAUCUCACCCCACUAUGACUCCCUGUUGGUUAAAGUCAUUGCCAGCGGGAAGGACCUGCAGACAGCAGCCUCCAAGAUGAGCCGUGCCCUGGCCGAGUUUAGAGUCCGAGGUGUCAAGACCAACAUCCCCUUCCUCCAGAACGUGUUUUCCAACCACCAGUUUCUCCACUCCACAGUGGACACACAGUUUAUCGACGAGAACCAGGAACUCUUCAACCUCAAACCUACCCAGAAUCGAGCUCAGAAGCUCCUGCACUACCUUGGUCAUGUGAUGGUGAAUGGACCAACUACACCCAUUCCUGUCAAGGCUAAGCCGUCCUCCAUAGACCCUGUCGUCCCUGCUGUCACUAUGGGCGACCCCCCGGUGGGUUUCCGUGAUGUGUUGCUGCGCGAUGGUCCUGAGGGAUUUGCCAAGGCUGUCCGUGCCCACAAAGGUCUCCUGCUUAUGGACACUACAUUCAGGGAUGCUCAUCAGUCGCUGCUGGCUACGAGAGUUCGCACCCAUGACCUGAAGAAGAUCUCACCGUUUGUCAGCCAUAACUUCAGUAAUCUUUUCAGCCUGGAGAACUGGGGAGGUGCUACCUUUGAUGUGGCCAUGCGCUUCCUGUCGGAAUGUCCAUGGAAGAGACUCCAGGAGCUGAGAGCUCUGAUCCCAAAUGUUCCUUUCCAGAUGCUGCUGAGAGGAGCUAAUGCUGUGGGCUACACCAACUACCCCGAUAACGCUGUUUUCAAGUUUUGCGAGGUGGCCAAGGAGAACGGUAUGGACAUCUUCCGUGUCUUUGACUCCCUCAACUAUCUGCCAAACAUGCUUCUGGGAAUGGAGGCAGCAGGAUCUGCAGGGGGCGUUGUUGAGGCUGCUAUUUCGUACACGGGUGACGUGUCUGACCCCAUGAGACAGAAGUACUCCCUGGAUUACUAUCUGAAACUGGCAGAUGAGCUGGUCAAAGCUGGAACCCACAUCCUUUGUAUCAAGGAUAUGGCUGGACUGCUGAAACCACAAUCAAGCAAACUUCUGGUUGGUGCUCUGAGGGAGCGUUUCCCAGAUGUGCCCAUCCAUGUGCAUUCACACGACACGGCUGGAGCCGGUGUCGCUGCCAUGCUGGCCUGUGCUGAGGCUGGAGCUGACGUCGUGGAUGUGGCUGUCGAUUCUAUGGCUGGUAUGACUUCUCAGCCCAGUAUGGGCGCCAUGGUGGCCUGUGCCAAGGGAACAGAUCUAGACACUGGCAUCGCUCUGGACAAAGUCUUUGACUACAGUGAAUACUGGGAAGUGACCAGAGGCCUGUAUGCUCCGUUUGACUGCACUGCCACCAUGAAAUCUGGAAACGCUGAUGUCUAUGAGAAUGAAAUACCAGGAGGACAGUACACCAACCUUCACUUCCAGGCUCACAGUAUGGGACUGGGAAAUAAAUUCAAGGAGGUGAAGAAGGCCUACGUGGAAGCCAACAAACUACUGGGAGAUCUCAUUAAGGUGACUCCAUCCUCAAAGAUUGUGGGUGACUUGGCUCAGUUCAUGGUGCAGAACAACCUAACCAGAGCAGAAGUGGAAGAAAGGGCUGACGAGUUGUCCUUCCCUCUGUCUGUGGUGGAGUUCCUGCAGGGACAUGUGGGAAUACCAUAUGGAGGAUUCCCUGAGCCCUUGAGGACUAAGGUGCUGAAGUCUCUUCCUCGUAUUGAGGGCCGUCCUGGUGCCAGCCUGCCACCUAUGGACUUCAAAGCACUGGAGGAGGGUCUCCGGGCUGCACACGGUGAUGACAUCACUCCUGAGGAUGUGAUGUCAGCAGCUAUGUACCCCAAGGUGUUCCAGGAAUAUAAAGAAUUCACUUCUACCUUUGGCCCAGUGGACUGUCUCAGCACCAGGCUGUUCCUGGAUGGACCUAAGAUCGCUGAGGAGUUUGAGGUGGAGCUGGAGCGAGGGAAGAUCCUCCACAUCAAGGCUCUGGCUCUGGGUGACCUGAACAAGGCUGGGCAGAGAGAGGUCUUCUUUGAGCUGAACGGACAGCUGAGAUCUGUGCUGGUCAAAGACACCGUUGCCAUGAAGGAAAUGAAGUUCCACCCCAAGGCUCAGAAGUCUAUCAAGGGUCAGGUGGGAGCUCCAAUGCCUGGAAAAGUCCUGGAGGUCAAAGUGGAAGUUGGAUCCAAGGUGGAGAAGGGUCAGCCGCUGUGUGUUCUCUCAGCCAUGAAGAUGGAGACGGUGGUCAACUCCCCACUGGCUGGGACCAUUAAGGCUGUCCAUGUCACGGCUGACGCCUCCCUGGAGGGAGAUGACCUGAUACUGGAGAUCGAGGAGUAGAGUGAGAGGAGGAGGGGGAGAAGAGAAAGAAAAGAGAGACAAAGUUAUAACCAAUCUGACUAAGAAAUGGUGACAAGUGUAGAACACGGAAGCCAGAUGCAAAUCAUCCAUUUUGUAUAUAGUUUGUCUGCAAUGACAAAGCACAUAAUAAAGUUACGUAAAAAAAA